CUUCAUUUGUACACCUCGAAUAUUGGGCGGACGAACAUGAGGCUCCUCGACGCACUCUCCUGGUUGCUCCCACUGCUGCUGCUACAUGCGGCAGCGGUGCGGGCAUCCGGCGUGAAAAGAAGCCAACCGGCGAACGGGACGGCUCUUCCCUCCACCGCCUCGCUUGCCGGUUGUCAGAAGAGCUGUGGGAACGUGAGCUUCCAGUACCCAUUCGGCAUCGGGCCUGGCUGCUUCCGGUCACAAGACUUUGAGCUCAUCUGCAAAAAUCACACUUCCUCGCAUGCUCCGAUGCUCUUCCUGCACGACGGCGUCACGGAGGUCGCCCAAGAGGAGUAUCUCUCAUUCGAACCCGAUGCAGAUUUUUAUGCAUCGUUUUCCCAUUCCAUCUUCUUGAGAUCUGAGGUGGAUGUGUACAACAUGUCCUGGAAUCUUGGGAGAUCCUUCACCGGCUAUGAUGAUUUUCAACUGAAGUUCACCGGUUGCGACUUCGACAUUCAAGUGCUUGACAAGAACAAUACGGUGGGUGUGUGCAGUGCUACAUGUCCUGACGAAGAUAUCAUAGGCAGGGUGGCUCAACAGAACUGCAACGGCACAGGGUGUUGCUCCACCCAUGUUAGCUCCGAGGUAGGUGCCUUCGAGAUCAAGUUUGUCCGCCAAAAGAUUGGAGAACCAAAAUUCAAAGAGCACAAUAAUAACCGAAGCUCCAUAUGGGAUACGAUUGAUGUAACCGCUGAUGGCUAUAUUACCUGGGGUAUCGUCGUUGAUCAACCCGGCCCUGCUAGCACCUUCCGGCACAGGACAGAUUAUGCAUGUCUCGGCAACCAUAGCCGUGAUUACAGUGACGAUGGAUCAAACUACAUCAGUUCAUAUAAUUGUCAUUGCGAAGAUGGUUACAGAGGCAAUCCAUACAUAACUGAUGGAUGUUCACGUGACAAAGGGUAUGAUCCUUUACAACGGAAGACCAAUUGCUCUAAAUGGUGUGGGAACAUCAGUAUUCCUUUCCCAUUCGGCCUAGAAGACGGUUGUUCUGCAAGGAUGUCAUUUCAGCUCAAUUGUACAAAUUCGACAUUGUAUGCCUACUACAUUGCUCCGGACAAUAACGUCCUAGUAAACUAUAUAGAUAUCAACAAUGGGAUAUUGAAGGUCAAAUAUAAUUCAUACGUGGAAGAACAACUCUCGUUGGAGAUUAAUGAAAAUCUUGAACUCUAUGUUGCAUCUGGGGAAUCAGCAUCUCAACAGUGGGCCGUAGCCAAUUUAACAUGUCGGGAAGCACAGCAAAACAGGACAGGGUAUGCAUGUGCUAGCAUGAAUAGCACGUGUUGGGGUGUCCACUCUGCACGAAAAUAUAUUGGUUACCGUUGCAAGUGUAUCUCCGGCUUUGAUGGGAAUCCAUAUAUCACAAACGGGUGUCAAGAUGUUGAUGAGUGCGAAAUACCGGGCACAUGUAGUGCGAUUUGCCGUAACACUCAAGGAAAUUAUUCUUGCACCGAAUGUCCUGCAAAAACAGUGUAUGACAGUGCAACAAGUAUGUGCAGAUCGACUAAAGAAGAAAAUAUGGUCCUAGGUAUCACCAUUGGGAUUAGCGUUGGUUUCGGAAUUAUGCUUUUUAUCUUGAUUGUAAUAUUUUUCAUCCGUAGAUGGAAAAAAGACAUCCAAAAUAAAUUACGAAGAAAGCACUUUCGGAAAAACCAAGGUCUACUCCUCGAACAAUUGAUAUCAUCUGAUGAAAAUGCGAGUGACAACACCAAGAUUUUCUCAUUAUCAGAGUUAGAAAAGGCAACAAAUAACUUUGAUGCCACACGAAUUGUUGGUCAUGGAGGACAUGGCAUGGUUUAUAAAGGCAUAUUAUCUGACCAACGGGUAGUGGCCAUAAAGAAGUCUAAAGUCAUUGAGCAAAUUGAAAUUAGUCAGUUCAUCAAUGAGGUUGCCAUCCUCUCACAGAUAAAUCACCGAAAUAUCGUGAAGCUCUUCGGAUGUUGUCUUGAGACUGAAGUCCCACUGCUAGUAUAUGACUUCAUCCCAAAUGGUUCGUUAUUUGGAAUCCUCCAUGCCAAUACCACUGGCAGUUUUGUUCUGUCAUGGGAUGAUUGUUUGAAAAUUGCUGCAGAAGCUGCAGGAGCACUCUAUUACCUCCACUCGGCUGCUUCGGUAUCGAUAUUUCAUCGUGAUGUGAAGUCCACUAACAUACUCUUGGAUGGAAAUUACACCGCGAAAGUAUCGGACUUUGGUGCUUCAAGGUUGGUUCCUAUUGACCAAACUCAUGUCGUUACGAAUAUACAAGGCACCUUUGGGUACCUGGAUCCAGAGUAUUACCACACGGGCAUGUUAAAUGAGAAGAGUGAUGUCUAUAGUUUUGGUGUAGUACUUGUAGAGUUGCUGUUGAGAAAGGAGCCUAUUUUUACAAGUGAUUCUGGCCUAAAGCAAAACUUGUCCAACUACUUUUUUUGGGAGAUGAGGGAGAAACCACUUGCAGAUAUAGUGGCUGCUCAAGUUCUGGAAGAAGCAACAGAUGAAGAAAUUAACGAUGUCGCUAACCUUGCAGAGACUUGCUUGCGACUACGAGGUAUAGAGAGGCCUACUAUGAAACAAGUGGAGGUGAAACUGCAGGAUAUCAGAUCCAAAAGGUUAAGAUCAUCUCAGGUUGCAGUGACAAGUGAAGAUAUGCAACCUUUGUUCAGUGGAUCAAGGCAAGUCAACCUUCCGCUAUUGGGUGUUCAAGAUGGUAUAGGGAACCGAGCUAAUUUACCUUCUCAAAGGGAGCAAAACUGCUACAGCCUGGAGCAAGAGUUCAUGGCAUCGGCAACUCUGCCACGGUAGAUCACUGGAUUGUCUGGUUUUGUCUGUUUCAAGCGCCAGCUGCAUAUUUGUCGUCUUUUGAUUGAUAUGGCAAUGUAUACCGUAUAUUGUAUUGUAGUACACUUACACUCAGCAACGGUUUUCACUAUUCAGGUUAUAUGGCCGGCCAGUUUUCGCUGCAUUAAAAUGGUGUUGUAAAAUGCUACUGAUACACCUUUGUAUCUCACGAUUAGGCAAUGAUUUUGCAUCUCAAUAA